UCGCCACCUAUUGUGUAAAAGUGAAAUCAACUCGCAGGCCAUGGCGGGAGAUGGCCCUGUACAUUUUUCACAUGCACCAUUGCAUGCAUGAGAAAUGUCAAAUUGCACUAAGUGCUUAUUCAGCUCGAAGUGAUUCAAUGAAUCACUGCUCGAUCGUUUUGGCUUUCCUGAUAAUGAGAUGAAAGUAGAAUGUGGUCGAAUCAUUGAGAGUGAAUAUAGAGGCCGUAAAUGCUUCGUAGGAUGACUUUAUCAGAAGAGUAUGGGAUCUGAUAGUUACAGCUAAACAGCCUAAAGUAAAGGUUGACCCAAAAAAUAUUGGCGAAAAAUAUUUUCUUAAAUUCUUCAGUACGAAUUUGAAUUUAGAAUUUUGUUGAAUGGUCUUGAUCUUCUGAUAAACAGUUGCUUGCAACAAGUUCUAACAAAUGGAAGGUGUGGAUGGAAAACGAUGCAAAAACUUUAUAAAAGAUGAAAAUAAUUGUGUGAUCAAAGACGACCACUGCGGCUUUUCUUCUGGACCUGCCAUGGAUCAAAGUGAUAAUUGUGCCAUGAAAGAUCAGACAAAUCACAUGAAUCGUCCUGUAAAUCACAUAAAUAGGCCAGUACUCGGUGACACUUUAGACAGUUCAGUGAUUAAAGACACCUUGUCAGAUUUAGCGGAAGGAAUGGACAUAUCGGCACCUCCAAGCGCUGAAGAGUCUGGGGUAGGACUCGGUGCUAUUUCAGUCGAAAGUGCUGCCACCGAAUUGGUAGCGUCUAUGGAAACUGACGAUUCAAAUCGGAUGGAUCACUCUGGUGACCGGUCUGUCGAACAGAAUAACCCUAUUGAAGUCAUAGACCUUUCAAGUCCUGCCAAAGAGAACGUGUCAUCAAGUCAAGGUUCCAACUCCAGCAAUACAGACAUCUUGCACGAUCUUGUGAGAACUGCGCUGCCGUUAUCACAACCGGUAUCCACCACUGGAAGAACAACGUCUCAAUCUCCGUCUCAUUCACAGCCAUCUAGUGGUCUUUUAUCAUCGCAACCCAAAGAUGCACGAGGCUACUAUGUUCCAUCAUCUGGUGGAGUCCGAGGAUAUUAUGUUCCACCAUCGCCAAAUCUAACUCAAAUGCCCAGUUCCAGAUUGCAAACUGGACAGGGAUCUGUGAGUCACACUGUGUCCAGCCCUGCUCACUCUAAAAACUUUCCAGGCCUCCCAGGAGCAAGUCGGACUCCAAGUCCAAUUCAAUAUUCUGCCCAGGGCCUACCAGUGAGGAUAUCGCUCCCAAAUAUGCCCAGUGCAGUCUCGUCUGUCUUUGGCAAUGACCCGACAAUGCGUGCAGCUAUUGCUUCCCAGAUUGCCGCCCUGACUCCAGCGCAGCGGCAGGUUAUGAUGGCUACUGGCGCAGUGAAGCUCCCUGCCGGGCCCGGCCUUGCUGAGCAUGGGGAGGAGUUGAAGAAAAUAGCUGAUGAAGAUGUCCAGGGUAAACUGAGUGAUGAAGUGUUCGCUGGUUACAACCACAACAAUAUCCUGGAAGGUUGCCAGCCUCAUCCUGGGGACAUCGUGGAAGCUGGAUCUCUUGCUUCCAUCCCGCUACCAAAGGCAUCCUACCAUCUAGAUGAGGCAUUGCCUAAUGUUAUCAUCAAGUACGGCCUUCUGAGCAGUUUGCAACUGGAGGGUAUCCUAUAUGCUUGUCAGCGGCACCAGCUAAUCCUCCCCAAUGGAACGAGAGCUGGUUUCUUCAUUGGCGAUGGGGCAGGUGUGGGGAAAGGUCGGCAAAUAUCCGGCAUCGUAUUGGACAAUUUCUGUCGUGGACGCACACAACAUGUCUGGUUCAGUACAUCGACGGAUCUCAUCAUUGAUGCAAAAAGGGAUUUGUCUGACAUCGGCUGCUAUAUCAAAGUGAUCGAAGGAUGCCGGCAACUCGAUAAAGAAACGAGAAUCUUUGGCUUGCCGUCCGAUUUCAAAGAUGGCGUCAUCUUCAGCACGUAUGCGACGCUCGUGUCAUCGGUCCAGAGGGGAACUGGAACGAAUGCCACUAAACAUAGUCGCCUGCAGCAGCUGAUUGACUGGUGCGGUGGGAGAGAUUUUGACGGCUGUCUGAUCUUCGACGAGUGUCACAAAGCCAAGAAUUUCGUACCGGGAAAAGAAAGUGCAAGUACUAAAGUUGCCCUAGCAGUGUCCCAGAUUCAAAGACUGCUACCUAAGGCCAGGGUGGUCUACUGCAGUGCCACGGGUGUCACUGACGUAAAAAACAUGGCGUUUAUGGAACGACUCGGCCUGUGGGGCGACGGGGCGCCGUUCAAAUCGUUCGACCUAUUCUUAGAUUCCAUUCACAAGAGAGGUUUAGGUGUGGCUGAAAUGUUAGCUAUGGAAAUGAAGGCCACUGGCAUGUAUGUCUCAAGAGGACUCAGCUUCAAGCAGGCCGAGUUCGUCACCAUCGAAGCAAACUUGACACCAGAUCAGAUAAAGACUUAUGACACCGCGGCGCAUUUAUGGAAUGAAAUGCGUAAAGCUUUGGACAAUGCUCUCAUACGAUGCAAGACAAGCAACAGCAGAGUGUGGUCAUCCUUCUGGGGGAGCCAUCAGAGAUUCUUUAAACAGCUAUGUAUGGGUAUGAAGGUUCCAACCAUCGUUCAGGAUGCAAAGGAAGCCUUGGCUAAUGGAUGCUGUGUCGUCCUUGGUCUUCAGACUACUGGCGAGGCCAGCUUGGAGAAUGAGCGAGUCCAAAAUGACUUCCGCAUAACAGGAUUUGUGUCACUGUGUCGUGAGAUCUUCACACGCUUCAUCGAAGUUCAUUUUCCAACUUAUGUCGAAGGAUCUGGAAACACAGAUGAUACGGGUUUGUUCGUCCGAGUACAAGAUCCUUGGUGUGUCGCCGCAAAGACUAGGCUGACGGAAUUUGCAAAGAUGAUUGACCUUCCUAAUAGCCCCCUGGAUGAGAUCAUUGACCUGCUUGGUGGUCCUGAUGCUGUGGCCGAGAUGACUGGACGAAGAGCCAGGAUUGUCCGGCGGAGUCCCCAGGAUCGGCCUCAGUAUGAACUCAGGGAUUCGGAAAGCUCUGGCGGGAUUGACAGUCUCAAUGUCCGAGAGCGCAACCUUUUCAUGGAAGGAAAGAAACUGGUGGCGAUCAUCUCGGACGCGGCAAGUACCGGUAUCUCCCUCCAUGCAGACAACAGGGUCAAGAAUAGGUGUCGCCGUGUGCACCUGACCAUCGAGCUGCCGUGGAGUGCUGAUAAGGCAGUCCAGCAGUUGGGCAGGUCACAUCGGUCAAACCAGAGCAGUGGUCCCCUGUAUAAGUUAGUCACAACCAACCUGGGUGGCGAAAGGAGAUUCGCCUCUGCUGUUGCUAGGAGACUGCUUUCGCUGGGGGCCUUGACCAAAGGAGACAGGCGGGCUGCAACUGGACAGGAUCUUAGCAAGUUCAACUUCGACAGUCCGUACGGGAGGACGGCACUGCGGGCCAUGUAUCAUGCUAUCUGUAAGAAAGAAAUGGUGCAAGGAGUUGAUUUGAAGAAGGUGACAGAUGGAAAAUUCAUGUUUGACGAGUUCUCAGAAUUUACCCAGGAGUCCCUUCUCUUGAUUGGCGUCGUCGACCAGCAGUGUUUAGUGAAUGGCAUGACCCUCUCCGUCAAGGAUAAAGAGGCUGGCGAUGUUCCAAGGUUCCUGAACAGAAUUCUUGGCUUGCGAGUGGAGCGCCAAAACUUGAUGUUCCAGUAUUUCUGCCAGUGUCUCGACGCCGCUGUGAACGCGGCGAAGAUGGAAGGACGGUACAACGAGGGCCUACUGGACAUCACCGCGGCCUCGAUCGAAAUGGUCGGAGAGCCGAAAGAAGUCUUCAAGGCGGCAGCUGUCGGGGGCAAUAUCACAAAGCACAUCACCCUGAAUGUCGAUCGAGGAAUGUCUUGGGAGAAGGCUCUAGUUCGCUUGGAGAAUUAUGGGAAGAGAGACGAUGGCUUCUACAAAUCAAAGCGGGAAGUGUUUGGACGGCAUCUGUUUCUCUUGGCAACGCAGAAGGAAGGUUUUGAUAAUAUUUUCAGGAUUGCUAGACCCAAUACUGGAUUGUCAGGUUAUGAUGAAGAGAAGGCAGGGAUCUUGGAGAAAUAUACCAAGAUUGAGACGGAGGAUGCAGAGACCGGUUGGAAAGGCCAGUACGAGAGGACCAAGGAUCACUGUAUGCAUGGACGACAUUGUAAGGUCGGGCCGUCCUGCACCGUAGGGAGUCGAUGCUAUAAAAUGCAUCUUCUUUCUGGCUGCAUCGUGACAUUGUUGAACGUACUUGAAUCCACCCUGGUCAAGUACCAGAUGCAGUUCCAGUUUAGUCAAGCUGAGAAGAAUUUGCGUGUUGUCCGUGUUCAGCUUGAUGACGGCGAGCGUGUAGUUGGUGUGCGAUUCCCCGAGGUCCUCCUGCCUCAUGCUGAGAGAGGGUUAAAGGAACAGAAGAUCAUUGAGAGAGUACAGGCAAAACAAACUACUCUCUCACAGGCCACACUCAGCCAGAUGUACACACAGAGCCAGGACGUGAAAUUCGCACAGUCUGUCAUGGAACCUGAAGCCAAAGUUGUUCAGAAACUUAAGAACAAGGCCAUGACUCCACCAGUUACGUUGAAAAGCUUCUUCCAAUCCGUGUCCCGGAGCGAAUCCCCACUGGAGACCUCAGACAAGACAAAAGAAAAACUGCAAACUAUAAAAAGUGUGAAGAAAAAACCGGACGAUAGUAUCAGUAGCCAUUUUAGACCAGUUUCACGUGCGGCAUCGUGGGAUUCGUUUUCAAAGAAUUUUAAAUCUGUGGAUGAUUCUGGUGAGGGGGUUGAAAUUGUUGAUGAUGUUGAUGUGAGGUCUGUUACCUCUAGUCAGGGACUGCUUUGUGAAAAUAGUCAAACUGGCGGUAAUUCGCAAGUCGAGACGAAGUCACAAAUUUGUGGUGUUUCUGCACGUUCUAGUCCGGCAUUGGUGAAAAAGGAAAGACAGAUGAGCUGUUUUAGCCAGUUCAGACCGGUACCCAAAGAUGAGAUUUGGAAGAAAGAGGAGAGUGUUCAAAAAGUCGUUGAGGAGGAGAAAACGGGCGAAAGGGUUAAAGAUGGAGACAAGGAUUGGACCCCUGAUCGUGAGGGAGGUUCGGACUCUGAUGAUUGUUGUGUGAUUGAGGUGAAAACGGCGUCUGCUGGGAAAAGCAAGAAGUCAGGCAAGGGGAAGCGGAAGUUGAAGGUCAAACUAACGUCUGCUACUAAAAAGAAAAAGAAGCGAAAGUGUUUGGAGUCUAGCAGUGAUGAUGAUGAUGAUGAUGAUCUUUGUGAAAUCGUUGCAGAUACUGCGACACCUAGAGGUGAUGCAGGAACUAAAUCUGUAGCAGACGAUGAUGACUUUGUUCCAGAUACUUCUGUUGCCAUGACAACGGUUAGGACGCAGAAGGAUAAAAGGAGAGGGUUGGCUGUGUCGAAAGAUGACGAUGAUAGUAAUGACUUUGUUGUGGUGUCUCCCACUGCUGGAAGACCUAAGAGAGCUUCGGCCAAGAAAGCGAGACGCAUCCUUGAGAAAAGUGACAGCGAGGAUCUUUCUCAAGAAGAAGUAUUAGGAGAUGGUGAGGAUGACGCUGAAAUGGAUUCAGAAGUUCAAGGGGUUGAGGAGAAGGCUAGGAGUGCUGAAGGUUCUGGAAGGAAAAAGCGGGGUGGGUCCAAAAAGGUUGCUCCUUCCGAUGUUGUGGAGACAACUGGGUCAGUGGCUGAAAAAGUUGUUGAGUUCAGUCAAGUUGUUGGGAGUGGGAAGAAGAGUUACAUUGUUGUGAAGGAGCCUGGAGAGAUGGAGUUGAGGAAAGGGGCAGAAGAUGUAGGGAAGAAGACGAAAGAAGGUAAAACUUGUGCAAAAGGGAAAAGAGUGCGAGUGUCUGGCCGCUGUAAAUCAAUUGCCCAAACAAAUAUGAAUAACACUGCCAAUGCAAUGACCGAGUCGUUUCCAAAAUCUGAGCCCAAAUCUGUUGGUGCAGAAACUGCUGCCAAUGGUGUAGACAAUUUUGAUAGAUCAGAAGACAUUUUCAGUGAAAGUGCCAAAGCUGUUGAUAAAGAGGGAAGAGUGAAUUCUGACAAUGCUAAGCCUGGCAGAGAUGAAAAUUCGGAUCACAGUCUGGUUGCUUUGGCCAAUGACCUUGUCACUGCUGAAAGUGACCUUGACCUUGUUGCCAAUGAACAAGCAGACGGUAAAUCUUUGAUGACGUCUGCUGGUGUGUUUUGUUCUGAAAAUGAGGCCAAUGAACUUGAAUCCAUUGAAGUUACUGCUGGUCUUAAUACUCAGUCGGAGAAUAUCACAGUCGAAAAGACUGAUGGUGGACUUGAAAGUUCUCGCAAGAGAUGUCUGUCGCCCGAAGUUGACCAAGUUACUUUGAAGAGGUGUCGAUUGGCCAGUGAUGUAUCUGAGCUUGAAAAGGGUGGCAGUCAAGUUGCUGAUUAGUCAUGAUAGGCUGAUGAAUAUGGUGAUCACACAAGUGAUGUAACUUGUCACUGCUGCAGUGGUCAGCGUAAACUCUGUAGUCCCCUGGUCGGGGCGAGACACCAAUUUGAGUGGAGUUUUGAUUCUCCAGGGUGUGAGUGUAGGCCAUUGCAGGGUGGGCAUAGUUACUGAGUUCUUGGUUAGGCUGCAAGGGUUUAAUGGCUGGUGUGAACAAGCUGAUCGUAGAAUAUUGGGAACAUCAACCUCAGACAGGCCGGCCCUCUUACAACAACCCUGUAACUAAUAACAGUGACGCCUGUCAAUAACAUGUUAUACUGCUCCAUAUUUUGUGUUCAGCAAUGAUAAAAUGUGCAUCUUAUUUUUUGAAAAUAGCAUAUUGUAAUGGGUUCCAAUAUUUUACCCGACUUGUUUUGAAUAAAAACUUUAAUGA